AUGCUUUUCAACUUUUACCUUAGCGACAAAACCAGGAAUUUCGAUAAAUUUUUGCAAAAGUCAGUAAAGCGAACUCAGUUGUUUGGCAAUAGUGCAAUUGAUCCAAUGUCACCAGAUAAAGCAUCAUUGUUGUAUGAGCGUGGCUUCGGAUUGGCUCCAGUUCGAGCACCAUCACAGGCCGAGAAUUUUCUUUGUCUUUGUUGUCUCAAGCCAUACGACGAACCAAAAGUGCUUGUUUGCUUUCAUACGUUUUGUAAAGAAUGUCUCGUUCAAAAUUGUUGCUACGACGCUGUCUUCUGUCCUAAGUGCAACAUGGAAGCGAAGCUAACUCCAUCGUUUGGUUUGGACGGUCUUCUGACGGAUUUUGGCAUGGAGCGUUUGGUUGCUCAAAAAUUGUCGAUGAAUGGUGCUGAUGUCACUCAACAUAUUAAAAGCCGUGUCGAAGCAGAUAAGGGAUUAAUCUUUGGAUCUCCAUCAAGCGGGUCUUCUUCACCUCCUUUGACAGACUCGCCUUUAGUUGAACAAGUGGUUGAAACGAGUGGUGCUGGGGAGUUUGUUAAGGUUCCAUGUACUGGAUGUAAAACUGGUGAACGUGCCUCACAUUUUUGUCAAGAAUGCGGUUAUCUUUUGUGCCAAAAUUGCACAAUGGCUCAUCAAUAUAUGCACUGCUUCAGCGGACAUAAGGUCAAGCCUAUUUUUACGUCGAACAAUGCUUCUCCUCCGGUCUCUACGAGCCCAAUAACUGCAGGAGCUUUGGAGCAAUCAAGAUCUGCGCCAAAAUGCAUGACCCAUCAACAGCUGAUCCUAUACUUUUGCCUCGAUUGCCAUCGUCCAAUGUGUGGAGACUGUUCAUUCUCUACCCACAAGGAUCAUAAGUACGAAGAAGUUGAGAAGGUGGCUGAGAAGGAGAGCGAACACCUUGAGCGGCUGUUGAACGCUGCGUUGGAGAAAAAUAGUAGCUUGUCUGCGUACUACUCAUACCUUGAUUCGGCCAAUCAACGCUUGAUCAAUUCUGUGCAAAGUACUCAAAAGGCACUCAAUGACAAUGUGGCAAUGCUCAUUGACAUGGUUGAAGAGCAACGCAAAAGAUUUAUGAAGGAGAUUGAAUGUGCCUAUACAGCUAAACAAGUGCAGCUACGAAAUCUUGACAAGAGCAUUCAAGAAAUGUCUGAAAGAAUUACGAGUACAACUGACUUCACGAAAAGAUUGCUCGCAUUUGCUACGCCAGCUGAAGUUGUCGUGUUCAAGCAGAUUUUGGAAACGCGCUUCAAUCUAUUUUUGGCUUACACACCCGACUUGGGCAUGAUUGAUCCAGUGGAGAUUGAAUUGGAACGACCAAACAGCUUGCUGCUAUCAAAGCAGCAUAUUGGUACUUUGCUUGGAAGGCUUCAUUGUGGUGCUAGCGAAUGGCAACAACCCGCGUCUUCUCAACCGGGCAUGCCACCAACCCCAAUUGGACGCCCACCUUCACGGCCGGCUGGAAAUCUGAUCAACGAUCCAAGCGCUAUCGGCGGCAACAAUCCCAAUUUCUUGCCUAUCGGAACUCCGUCUGUUGCUGCAAUUAUUGGUGGACAACAUCAGGGCCUGCCAUCGCUUUUGGGUUCUUCAGCUCCGACCAAUGGUUACACGUCAGCCCUCGAAAGCUCCAUCCCGAUUCGCAACGCGUCACUUGGCUGUUUGAAUGAUCAAUUUUGUGGCUCUUUGCAAUCGUCUGAACCAUUCAAUGGAGAAGCACAAUAUUAUGAGAAGUGGUCCUCUGCAUUGGAACCGAGUCUUGGUCUGCUAGAAAGUGGUGAUUGCGAAGUUGAGAAAGCUCCUGUCAAUGGCGCCUAUGCAGCAACGGCUUCUUCUCGAUCGCAAGUCAAACGUUUCAAGAUGAUCUACCAUUGCAAGUUUGGUGAAUUUGGAGUUAUGGAAGGACAAUUCACGGAGCCAUCGGGAGUUGCUGUGAAUGCUCAAAAUGACAUCAUUGUUGCAGAUACCAACAAUCAUCGGAUUCAAGUGUUUGACAAGGAAGGCCGCUUCAAGUUCCAAUUUGGAGAAUGUGGGAAACGAGACGGACAAUUGCUUUACCCCAAUCGCGUUGCUGUUAACAAGAUGACUGGAGAUUUUGUUGUCACUGAACGUUCACCAACCCAUCAAAUUCAGGUGUACAAUCAAUAUGGUCAGUUCCUUCGCAAAUUUGGAGCAAACAUUCUUCAACAUCCACGUGGUGUUUGUGUUGAUAAUAAAGGCCGAGUGGUUGUGGUUGAAUGCAAGGUUAUGCGUGUCAUCAUCUUUGACAUGUUUGGCAACAUCCUGCAGAAGUUCAGCUGUUCCCGUUAUCUUGAGUUCCCUAAUGGAGUCUGCACGAACGAUAAGAACGAAAUUUUGAUCUCUGACAAUCGAGCUCAUUGUGUCAAGGUCUUCUCCUAUGAAGGAACUUUCUUGCGCCAAAUUGGUGGUGAGGGUGUGACCAAUUACCCAAUUGGCGUUGGCAUUACAUCUACUGGAGAUGUCGUUGUUGCCGAUAAUCAUAACAACUUCAACUUGACACUUUUUGCACCGGAUGGACAACUGAUUGGCGCGCUGGAAAGCAAAGUGAAACACGCUCAAUGCUUUGAUGUGGCUUUGGUCGACGAUGGCUCUGUUGUUUUGGCAUCAAAGGAUUAUCGUCUCUACCUUUACCGUUUCAAUCAAUUUUCCUCGACUCCCCCCCAA